GUUUAGACUUAUCAGAUUGCGAAAAAGGUAAAAUCGUGCGAUAUAUAGAUGGCCUUGGUUAUAUCGGGAUCACGCGAUACAGUUUUCGUCUAAAGGGCAUAUAAAAGCUCCUUUUCCACGAAGAAACAAUUGCAGUUGAGUGAACGCAGUUGCACCCGGCGUGUGCUCGCGACAGAGAUUUUCGUUCCAUUGUACGUUUAACCUAAAAAAUCGUGUCAUGAAAGAAAGAAAAAAUCCUUUUCAAUUUUGUACAUCUAUUUGAUAAAAAAGUAACAUUAUUUCGCGGAAUGAUAUCACAGUCAGCAGUCGAACAUCUGAAGUUGAAUGUCACGUAGAAUAAUCGAUGAAUAAGUGUUUUUUUGGAUUCUAUGUUUUCGCGAAUAUUUAAAAUGAAACGAGAACCUUAACGAGUUUCUAUGAUUUUACACACUUUUAUUUGCUACUAAUUGGCUAUGACGCUCUUCUAUUUUCAUUUCUCAUGAAUAGUGUUCAUACCCUGUAGUUAUGUCACGAAUAUAGAAAAAUUUCGCGUAAAUAUCACGAAAUAAGCCGCGUCAAUAAAAAUCAACACGUUUUUUUUGAAUCCGUGAAUUCUUACAAUUUUUUAUUCAUUCUUUUCAUCAAAUUGUGAUUGAUGAAAAAGUAAUUGAAAUAUGUUUUGAGACAAUUGAAGUAGUUAAUUGGUAAUUAAAAAUCAUUUAACAAUACUUAAGUAUCCGAAUCGGUUUACUGUCUAUCUCUAUUGUGCAGGCAAAUACAAAUGCAUUUGAAAGUCCCACCAACUGUCUGUCCGUAAUCAAAAUCAUCAGAAAAUUACUGCAGGUUCUAUAAAAUGUUCAAAUAUCCAGAAAAACAUGUAAAAAUAUGAAUCACAGCAAAACAAUAAAAACAAUGAAAUGUCCAAAAAAAAAAAAUAGGAGCAUGAUUAAAUUUGCAUCAGAAUUCCCUGGAUGACUUCUCGAAUGUUAAAAUUUCAAUUGGAUGUGGAUGAGUUAAUGGAUGAUUUUGUGAAUUAAAAAAUGGACAAUUGACAUAGCUCGUUGACGCAGAAAAUUAGGUCAUCGCAGGGUAUUCGGAGAAUGACAGUACAUCACAGAAAUGAGGAAACUCGUGAGGCCUGUUUUCCAACGGUCAGCCCAUCGACGAAGAAUCAUUGGCCGGUAAUGGACAAUGAUUCAGCCAGUUGGGAUAGAAACAGCAGGGCCACAUCGUCAUCAUGGCCCGGAGAAAUGGAGGAGGUAGCAACUCGAAAAAUUCUACAAUUGUGGUACGCGAUCGAGAGGAAUAUUUACGGGGAAAGCGAAGAAACAGUAUCUUCGAGCCAGUUGAGCGAGGAGUGCACCCAAUGGAAAAACCAAUUAUUACAUCUGCGAUUGGUAGGCAAAGGGGCAAAUUCUUAUUUAAAUGAGGGAAACAGUAACGGAACGGUGCGAAGUAACAGCAGAAGAUCGGGGACAGGUCGGGAAGAUCGAUACACUGAGGAAAUUUUGAUGGAGGAUAAUGUUUAUCGUUCUAAAGAGUUGAGCGAAGAUUCGAGGCAGCAUCGCUUGAUCGAGGAUCAAAAAGAAGUGUUUGAUCAAAUAUUGGAGCACGUUUGUAACGAGUUGGUUAAACAGAGUGACGAGAACAAAGACUCAUUGGAUGAAAAUCUUGACGAAGUAUUGCGCAUAAUACCAGCACCCACGUACAGCGGAAGGAAGUGGACGAACGGUAGAAAGAAACGAAACAAUCCUGACAGUCGUAAAAGUAGUGCCAAUGGAAAUAAUGCGAGCUUGAAAAAAUCCGUCGAACCAACCGACGUCGUUUCUACCGAGAAAAAUCGAUUGGAAACUGAUAAUUUACAUGUUGAUGAGACGGAUGUUCCUCCGGUCGCAAGGAACAAGCUUGGUACCGUUUUCAAUGAAAAAAUCGUUGUUAGCCCCGUACCGUUCGUCGUAUCGAGUCGAGAAAGUUUUACAACUCUUCGAACGACACCCAUUAGCUUUCGCGCUCAACAUUUUAAGCUCGCAUCGUCCGAAGGAUUAGGUAGAUACAUGAAUUCAGCGUCGAUGACCGGCCAGAGAAUUGCUCCCUCGAGAUUGUCGCAGAUCCAUUCCGCCUGGCAGGCCCCCGUUUGUCCGACGGUUUGGCCAAAAAACAUAAAGCUCGCGCCGAUCGAUCCGGCCAGACUUCCUAGUAGCAAAAAUCGGUCCUCGAUCGACUCAAUGGCUGCGCUGCCGCACAGAAACAGGAAUUCUCUGAGUCCCAUAUUGCGGCCAAUAAAACCUGCUUCGAUGGCCAAUCACAGAAACAACGAGACCGAGGCUCUGCAGAUUCAAGGAAAGCAGAUUGUCACUCGAUCGCCGAAGAAAAAUCUUUCGAAGGCUGCUUGGGAUUGCAGCCCCAGAAACCUGAAGAACCUUCGGACUAAAAAUCGGGUCGCGAAGAGAUAGACAAUAAAUCGUGUGGCCAGGAAUCAAAGAAAAUCAAUGAAGAGAUUGCCCCGUAAGCACAACGUGAUAACUUUGCGAUUUAUAAUAAUCAUACAAAUGCACACGUCCAUGUCUUUAAAUCGUGUUACACAAAUGGCAAUAUUUGUUCGUAAGAAUCUUCGUGUGUGCACGUGCUAAAAAUAUAUAUGUAUACAAAUAUUUCGACUAUCAAGGAUCUCUGUCUCGUUCGGCGGAUCAAUAGUGUUAUUUGUUGCAAGAAAAUUGUCUACCUCUUGUCUCUAUAAUACUCGAUAUUCGAUCAAAGCAUUAUGACGGAUCCCGUUAUCCGGUUUAGCAAUGUUCUUACGACGCUAUCAAAUAAUUAUUGUUACGAGCGCCAAAUGUUCUUCGCUCGAUGCGUGCAAAGUUGUAUCAUGUAUUUUUGUAAUAAUGUGAAUAUAAGGUUUAAAAAAAUGA